AUGGCAGCUCCCGACGUGCUGGGCUCCACUGGCAGGGAGCUGAUGCGCUCACGCUUGGUGAACGCCUGCGAGGCGGCAGAAAUGGCGAAGAUCACGGAGAACUCACCCGCCUGCAUUCAGAGCGAUGAUUGGAGAGUGAAGCUGGGUGCGGCUGGUGCUCUGAGUUUACAGGGGGCGCCGGCGCUUUGGGGAUGCAAAGAGAUCCGCCGAGCUUUGGGCGAUGAAAGCAGCCGGCCAUUGGUCUUGGAGACGUUCGCCAGGUCGCAACCAUCUGCAGCGAUCAGCAACUUUGAGCGAACUGCGCAACUUUUGAGGAGUGAGGACUGGAGGCUUCGCUUGGGUGCUAUCGAGUCCCUGGCGCGUCAUCCAAUGCCAACGGAGCCUUGCCAAGACUUCGCCUCGGCGCUGGCACUCUGCUGCGUGGCGCGGCGGCCGGAGCUGCGCCGCGCGGCCGCCGGCGUGUUGCGCCGCGUGGAGCCGGAGCUGCGGGCGCAGGUGCUGAGCCAAGCGUUGGAGGAGCCUGACACUCAAGAGGAUCUCAUGGCUUUCCGUGAUGGUGAACUCCUGUUCCUAGAGGCUUUGGAGGGUGACGCGGAGAAGGCGCUGCAGCAGCGACCCAGCUCCCAAUACUUCCAAGAGCUUGCACUUCGGCAAAAGCAAGGGGAACUCUGUGGGAAACAAGCAUUCGGUCAACAACGCUGUGAAGGUGGGCCUUGA